CGCUGAGACAGAGUGCAUCCUCUCUCCGGCGUUGAUUGGUUGACGCGUUGCUUGGACACGGUCAAACAAAGGGCAUUAAUGAGGGAGAAUAAACAUGGCAGAAUCAAUGGUUCAAUAUGGGAGAAGAAGAGGAUCCAGUCCGAUGGUGUCUUCAGAUGGGGACUGCCAUGGGACUAAACCCCUGUUAGAUCUGAGACAGGUCACUGUGUUGCCCAGAGAGGAAUACUUGAAAAUUAAAGAAUCGUUAAAUCACCAAAGUAAUCACAAGAAGAGGAUUGAAGAAGCAGCAAAACAAAGAGAGGCGAUGCAUCAGCAGUCCAAGGAAGUGGUGAAACUAUGGUCCAAUACCAUCGUGGGACAACGGCAAAAGAAAAUCGAGGCCAAGAAGAUCCGAGAGGAGCUGGAAGAGGAGCAGCGCAAGGCCAGGGACCUGGAGGAGGCCAGGUACCAGGAGCAGUUGAGGAAGGAGGCCAUCGCAAGAGCCAAGGCCCAGCUGUACUACCAGACCCAACAGGUCAAGGGCUUCCAUAGUGCUCUCCUACUGACCGAGGUGCUGAAGGAGAGAGAGGCCCAGCUCGAGCUGAAGCGCAGAAUCGAGAGCUCCUCCAAAGAUCGGGACCGGGAGGUGCUCGACAAGAUCAAGUCCCGGGAGGACGAGGCCUUGGAACGAGAGAAGCAGAAAGCCGUCCAGAAGAAGCUCAACACGCAGGCAGUGGCGGAGGACCUGAGAACACAGAUGAGGAACGUCGAGUUGGCCAGAGCUCGGGAGAAGCUGGAGAACGUGAAGGAGGGAGAGGAGAUCCAACGCCUUCGCCAGCUGCACCUCAGGGAGCAGAGUGCGACGAGACAAAGACAGGAGGAGCGGAAGAAGAGCACCAUGCAGGCUCACCUGGAGCACAUCUCUAACCGAGACGUGGUGAGAGGCAUCGAUGAACGGAAGCGGGCGCUGGAAGAGGAGCAGAGGGAGCUUUUCCUCGCCACCAAGAAGAAGAUGGGGGUUUUAAGGAAGGAGAAAGAGGCAGAGUUGUUCAGAGAGGCCCAGAUUCUCAAGGACAUGAUUAGGAACAAGCUGACCGCCACCCAGCAGGAGAAGACGGACCACGAGGACGAGUGCAUUGCCAGGGCCAUCGCCGAACAGGAGGCCAGAGAGGCCCUGAGACGCAACGCUGACGAGGAGAGGAAGGCAGCGAUGCAGAAGAGCAUCUCCGAACACAGAGAGACCCUGCGGCUGGAACAAGAGCAGAAGGAGAUGAUUGCGCGUCAGAAAGCCCUGGAGGUGCAGCAGGCCAAAGAGGAGACCGCCAGAAUCUUCCUGGAGAAGCAACAGCAGAAGGCACAAAAAGCCAAGGAAGAGGGGAGAUUUCUACAAGAUCACUAUGUCCAGCAAAUGGCGGCGAAACAGGUCCGACACAAGCAAAAGAAAACAGAGCAACGGGAGUCUCUGGUGAAGAACACGGAGCUCAUCGUGGCAGAGGGGCAGCAGUUCCAGCAGUACGCGUCGCAGGUGAUCCGUGAAGCGGCGGUGGGCCAGCGGAACCUCCUCCCGCUCCACAAGGCCGCCAGAGAGGGGCUCGGCGGAGGCCUGGGGCCCGUCUUCGGCGGCGCGCAGCCGAGCUACCUCGUUCAAGACGACAGCGGCGUGGAGAUGCCGCGGUACGUGUGCGCUACGACCCAGAACGUCAAGGAGCUCAACGAGACGACGGACAUGGAGGGAGCGAGGAAGCGGCUCGGCUUCACUUGGUGAUGGGGCGGUCGUAGUGGGCUUCAUACCCG